AUGGAACAGCGGCCGCUGCUGAGUGAACAACUGCUGCACCAUCAGCCGUGGAACGUCUCCUUCCACGACGACUUCAGUGGGCUGUGCGAGCAGCGGCAGCCGGAAGCGUCGCAGAUGUUCAGCCUCGCAGCCACACUGUACGCCUCCUACCGUGUCUACUGGUACACCGCAGCCGUGUUCAUGGAUAGGUCCUACGAAUUUAGUUUCAAGCCUGUGGACGAGGAGUGGCAGUUGGAAGACAGAAGCAACACCACCCUCUCCGUGGACACUGACUGCGUGCAGGUGUUGAUGAACGCCCUGGACAGCCCCACGUGUCCACUGGAUGACCUGCCAGUGGAAGCCGUCAGCCAGCGCUUGCAGUGCCGUGCGCAGCUGUGGGACGACAUGGUGCAGCGGUCGCCCCACAUACCCGUCACCAGCUACCUGGCCUACACGCAGAGGGUGAACGUCAACCUCUGCCUGCUGGCCUGGAUGGCUGUCAACUCGUUUGGCAUUUGUCAGGACGUCCCAUUUAGUAUCAUGCAAUCAGUGCACGAUGCUCGCUGCUACUUCGAUAGUCCUGACGAUCAAUCGUGUCUGCAGUCGAACGCUACAGAUGCCAUCUGCUCUGUUUCCAGAGCUGUUCUGUUGCUGAAGUGUCAAGACUUUUUCUUCUUUAAGCCUUCCAAUAGUUGUCGGGUCCUUUUUUAUCUAUUUAGAGACGUCCCAUUGACGUAUUCUAUGCUAACAGAACAGUCACUGGCCUACAAAGCCACUUUGAACAACGCCACCUUGAGAUACAAGGAUUUCAAAAUUGACAGUUUAAAGUAUUUAGAAAUCUCACUUAUAGUGAUAAACAUUAUUUUCCGCUUUUCGACUGCCGGAGUGUACCUGUACCUUCCACCGUUACGUAACCUGCCUGGAAAGAUAUUCUUGUCCUUUCAGAUCACUGGCAUAAUCCAGGUCCUGUGUUCUGAGGUCGUGUACCGUAUGGCAGGUUUCCCUGACUUACCUACAGCAGUGCUGAUAGACGGCGCCCUCACACUUCUCAGCUGUAUCUGGCUGAACAUAUUCUGCUACGAGAUGUACGCCUGUGUUCGUCAUCUCAGGCUUCCUAACGACAUACUACCUGCCGAACUAAGCCAGUUAUUCUGUCGCCAAGUCCUGUUGGCGUUAAUACCGUGGAGUAUAGUAUGUGUAGCAGCUGUUGCAUUGGAAAAGACCAGUAGACACUACCUGAUCCACAGUCGUAUACUAGUCCUUGCGGGGAUUUCAAUCUCAGUCACUUUCAAUUUGGUUUGUCUCGGACUGGUCGGAUACAUGUACCUACGUACUCGGUAUUUCAUGCGGCGACUCAAAAUUGUUGGUAACAAUAAAUUUGCCUCAAAGAAGCAAUGUCUUUAUAUGUCAGUUAAGGCCGUUAUCUUAAGCGGACUAGGCAUUAUAAUUAGGAUCGGGUUCCACCAGGCUCAGGGGGUGGCGCAGUUUGUGUACUACGUACACCUUGGUACGAUGGUGCAAGGACCGGUGCUGUUCGUCUGCUUCAUCUGCAACGGAACGACGCUCCCCGUGCUGAAGGAGCGGAUACUCGUGUGGUGGAGCCCGACCAGCGCCCUAACAGGCCCGGAGCUGUGCUCCGCAGCUGAGAGGAACCUGGCCAGGAGGAACAACGAACAGACCGUGGUUGCAGAAUCCUCGCUGUAGCUUCACUGUCUUCACACCAGAGUGCACUAAGGCCAGCAGUGAAAAUGGAAUCUACCUGAUAUGACGACAUUAAAUGUGAUAUCGUACAGCCAGUACUUCUCUUUCCUACUGUCUACUUCAUUUAUAACUGUGGGCUUGCUUGUAAAUGGUAGCCUCUGUCUACAUAUUCUAAUGCUCUGAGGGCACUUACUAAAACGCAUUGUGUACCCUAACACACACAAACACACAUACAUACAUACCAGGUGAUCAAAAAGUCAGUAUAAAUAUGAAAACUGAAUAAAUCACGGAAUAAUGUAGAUAGAGAGAUACAA